AUGAUUAUAACAGGACAUUCAACAGGAAAUAGUGUGCUUAUUCCUCGCAUCCCCAUCAUAUCUUCAGACAAUCCGUUUCAGUUUAAACAACUUCAGUUUCCUGUUCCACUUAGUUUUGCGAUGAGUAUAAAUAAAUCUCAGGGACAAUCUUUAAAAGUCGUUGGUCUUGACUUGCAGAAGCCUAGCUUUUCACAUGGACAGCUUUAUGUUGGCUGCUCAAAAGUUGAUGUGAACACUGUAUGUGACUGUGGAAAUGGAUUAUGCGUUGAAGAAGAUGGUAAAGCGGUUUGUAAAUGUAAGCCAACGUAUGGAUUUAUAGAAACACAAAUAAAAUGCAUAGCUUGCAAUUGCGGCGAAGGCUGGAACUGCACUUAUUCAUUUUCAGGGUCAAUUAAGACGUGUAUUUGCACAAAUGGGUAUAAGCAAAAAGGAAAUGGAACGGAUAAAAUGUGUGUAGGACCGUGUACUAAUAAUCCUUGCGGAAAAGGUGGCACUUGUGUUGAUGUUGCACCAGGAAUGUACAAGUGUGACUGUCUGGAAGGAUUUACCGGAAGAAAUUGCAAAGAUAUUGUGAAAACUCCUUGUUCUUCAAAUCCGUGUAUGAAUGGUGCCGUAUGUAAAAUUGUAGAUAAAUCUUACGAGUGCAAAUGUACUACAGGAUUUGUUGGAAAAAAUUGUGAUAAAGAUGACAUAUGCUAUAAUAACCCUGGAAUCUGUAGAAAUGGUGGAACUUGUGAAACAACACUGAGCGGAAGAUUCAAAUGUAAUUGUCUUCCGGGUUUCUCAGACACAAGAUGCCGGGAAGGAUGCGAAGAAAUAAAAGGUAGCAAGAUAUGUAAAGCAAAAGGAGAACACUGGAUAUGUGUUAAUAAAGAACAAGACAAAUCUAGCUACAGUUGCAUCUGUGAACCUGGAUAUAAACUAAAAAAUAGCAACUGCAUAGUUGAUGCAUCAUCUUCAACAGAGGGAAUCAGCGAAAAUUCAACAAUCGAUGUCACAACUAAGAGUCCUACUACUGCCUUGAAAGUUUCAACAAAACAACCUUUGAAAUCUUCCUCAACAUCAAGUCCUACUUCUACCUUAAAAGUUUCAACAGAACAGCCUUUGAAAUCUUCAGCAUCACCAACAACUACAGAAACAUCAACUACAGAAGAUCAAAAAGAAAAAUGUGAUUGUGGUGAAAAUUCCUAUGCAUGCCAAUGGAAUAGGAAAGGUGCGCAACUCUGCAGCUGCUUUCCAGGUUACGCUCAAUUAGAGAAUAUUUGUUCAGAAUGUCACUGUGGUAGAAACACGGCGUCCUGCUUCUUUGACCAAAACGAAAGAAAUAUUUGCAUUUGUCGUGAUGGAUUUGCUCAAAGAAAUGGAACUUGCUCAAAAAUAUGCAGAAGUAGUGCAGAGUGUUUAAAUGGAGGGCAAUGUUCAUCAGAUGGACAUGAAUCCUUUUGUAAAUGCAUGCCACCUUAUACGGGAGACCGAUGUGAAAUCAAUGAAAUAUGUAAAAGUAUGAAUGGCGCUUGCGAUAGCAUUGGAUCAGUUUGCCAUUACAUUCACUCCAUUAAGCAAGGAUUCUGCAUAUGCCCUCCAAACAAGAUUUUCAACAAAGAUUCAAAAAGAUGUGAAGAUAAAUUCGAAAUCACGUCCAUCUUUUUCAUCAUUCUGUGCUUAUCAACAGUGUUACUACUAUUAUCAAUAGUGAUCAUAAUAAUUUUGUUAAAAAAAUUUAGGAAGAAGUUGGAAAGCAUAAAUGUCAAAUCCCCUUAGACGACUAUGACUUAUUAUGUGCUAUUUUAUAUUGAUACUAUUUAUUGUAAAUAAAUUACAUUUUUUAAAUAA